AUGGUCCUUCCACCAAGCAACGCUGUGGUUAUGCGUCUUAAGUAUGAGCCCUUGGGCAUCUUGUACAAUUCGCCCAAAAAACAGAUCUCCUCAACGUUACCCUCGUUGAACGUCCCUCUGUUCUGUAUUUUACGCGAUCCGCUCAACAGACAGACCACCUCGACGUUACCCCUCGUUGAACAUACCCCCGAUCUGGUUUCACAAACUUCUCACUCCGAUAUAUUCUCGCCAUCGCCUGUUGUAUAUAGACAUGACGCAACAAAGCCAGAAAUGCCUUCUGGUGUCGACCAACAGCCAUCUCCUGGUCCAAGCUACAUGGGCUCAUCCCCUGCAUCCUUCGACUAUGUUGAGGAACAACUCAAGGCCACAGUGCGGGACGUCGGUAUUGUCAAGGACGCCUCUGCCCGACGCCAGGCCUAUCAAAAUACCUCUAACGACGUUCAGCUUUCCAUUGGUCCAUUCCACCACGUGGUGCAGGACGGUGCUUCAACUUCAACAAGCGAUACGUCAUCGCUUACGCUGAACGUGGCUUACAGUCGGCACAACUCACCCUUUCCUCCACUACAAGGUCCUGCACAACUGCAGGAUUUGUUUUACGGCCCUAUGGACCAGCAGUCUCCUUGGAUGCAGCAAAACCCAUCUGGUGAUUUCGGAAUGAUGCAGCCUGAUACUUUCACGGCUGGAUUACUCGGAGAUCAAGCUCUAGGCAUGGCUGGAGCGGGCGACAAGUCGCUAACACAACCCAACCUUGCACCUCUGCCUUCACACACGCUUUUCAUUUUCCCGCCAGUUCAUCUGGUCAGCCUCUCAUGUCUCGCGGAUGUUCGCUGGAUCCAGCAGGCCAACCCGUCUUCGGGAUUGAUGCAGAACUCACCAUUCACCCUGCAUCCUGCACCAUAUGUACCGCCUCAAGAUCAUGCCCAUCCUAUUCCAGCCACAAACAUCAUCCCGCCAACACCACUCAAGGAUGGUGGCGGUAAGACUCCUGGUGCCUCUGCUUCCACUGAUAAUGCACUCCUUGCCUCGACAAGAGAUCCUAGUCCAAAGUUGGACCUAGGUCACUAUUCCUCCGGCCACCACCUACCGCGUUCGGUUCCCUGA